GCAGUAUAGUUGGGUCUUCUUAGUGGGUGAUCUAUCCGUACCGGGUGUUGGGCUCGGUCAGUUCAUCUGUGUCGCUUCUUCGAGUAACAUCAAACUUUACCCCUUUCUUAAGAGUGCGGAACGAACAUUUGAGCUGUUAGAAAACUGCUAUAGAGAAAGUGUACAAUCGCAGUUAUAUUAAAGUUUAAUCAAUUCAGAAAGACUAACAUAAAAAAAUCUACGCACGCGGUGUGAGUGCUUAACAAGACAAGAAUAGGAGCCAUAUUUCGUUCUCCUAAUAGUGAGUGAUGAAGUGUUGGGCUUGGUCGGUGUGUUAGAGACUGCGACGGUUUAGUCCUGAACCGUACACCGCAUUGUAAAUGCUGUGGAUCUAUUAAAGCGAAGUGUGUACGUUAGAAAUGAAAAACUGCGAUAAAAUAUUUUGGAAGCUGUGAAAAUAGGCGUUUCUUAGAGAACAUUAAAGAUAUUGUACUGAUAGGAACCCGUGAACAGCAUCAACAUAGUAGUGCCGGUGUGAGAAUAAGUGAGCCAGUGUGUGUGUGUAUCUGUGAACGAAAAGACGGUGGAGGAGAUUGGUCUCAGGAAGCAAAAUCCUACAUAAAAGCUGCAAAGCUGACGCUGUAUCGCAUCGAAGAGAUGCCUUCGCUGCAACAGACUAGUUUUAAGGAUUGGCCUAGUCCCGAUAUUGCACGAUCGCUCACAGGACCAGAUAUACUACAGAAGCAUUCCAUAAACUCGCUAUUAUUGGAACACAAUGAAAUUAUCAGCAGAGGGAUGCCAUCGCCCAUCGAAGAAAAUGUGUCGUUUUCGGAUAUUUUGGGCUCAUCACAAUCAUCGCAAUCUACCUCCACCUCUUCGUCACUCGGUGCCAGCAUCAGCAGCAGUAACAGCAACAGCUGCAUUCUAUCAUCAGCCAAAAGUGGUGGCACUCAACAACAGCAAUCUUCGCUGGCAUCCUUUUCUUCCCUCGGAUGUCCGGACAGUGCCAGCAGCAUCCUGAGUAUGAGUGGACCAAACACUGCCUCGUCCCCUGUUAUCAACACCAACGCCAAUCCAUUCAACUUCUCCGGAUUGUCAAUGUCCAGCUCCAGUCUGAGCUCACCGGAGAUUGGUAGCAACAGUGGCAACGGUGGUGGAGGCGGUGGUAGCGGCGGACAAUCGCCAACCUACUAUGGCAGUGGUAGCGUGCAAUCAUCGAAGAACUACGACGAUUUUCGGUUCGAAAAUGACAUCAGUUUGCCCGGAUCGAACGGGUCGAACAGCUUAACCUCGGAGACGUUGAAGUUGCUGCAACGCAAUAUGAGUGCAUACGACUGCUCUCUACCGACAUCGCCAAACUCAUCUUCCACUGGCAUGUGUGCAAGAUAUUUCCGCGGUUCGCAGCAAAGCAGCGACCUGAAUCACAACUUCGACACAAACAGCACAUCCUCCUUCUUCGGUGGCAAUCAGUCGCUGUCACGUUCCAAUUCCCCGCCCGACAAUGACCAGUCCAGUCUGCUGUCCAAUUUCGACAGUGCCAACAUUUUGGACAUGAUCAAUUAUCUCACCAUCAACCAGCAGCAGCAGCAACAAAACGGACAUAACCAGCAGCAUUACAGUAGUAGCUCUGGCAGCAAUAGUAGCAACAACAACAAUAACACCAACAGUAGCUCCCAGUCGUCACAGUACAAUCAGUUGUCGAACCUGAGCCAGUUCUAUCAGCAUCAAACGCAAGCGGGAUCUAAUUUCGGAAAUGGGAAUUGCAACAGCCAGUCAGGUAGUAACGGAUGCGGUGCCAACAAUUUGACAAGCGACUACGAACGGCUGCAAAAUCUGCAGACACUCAACACCUUGCGUCUUUUGCAGCAAUCGCAGCAAUUGUCGCAAUUGCAAUUGCAGCAAUACCAAUUCAAUCAGCUUCUGCCAAACUACAACAGUGCACAGCUCAAAAACUGGACGUUGCAAAAUUCACCACCGUCAUCCUCGAACAGCAGCGCCAAUGAUAUAAAUCUGGAUCGAAUUGCACGAUUUCACCGUUCAUCUGCUGCCCAUUACGAUGCAACGUGUACAUGGAGUGGCGUACUUCCUCCACGAUCCCAUCGGUUGGUAACGUACUCAUCGAAAAUUUUUCUCGGUGGAAUGCCUUGGGAUAUCAGCGAACAGUCAUUGGUGCAGAUCUUCAAACCUUUCGGAUCUAUCAAGGUUGAAUGGCCCGGCAAGGAACAGCAAGCGACACAGCCCAAAGGCUACGUCUACAUAAUCUUUGAAUCGGACAAACAGGUCAAAGCUCUGCUACAGGCGUGCACUUAUACGUAUACAAGCGGCUACAACAAUUCUAGCCGUGGUUCCAAUUCCUCUAAUUUGGCCAUCCUACCUUAUUCAUCUGGGAGUGACGAUCAACAAGAGAUGCAACUGAUGCAACACCAGCAGUCUGGCCAGCAACUACAGCUGAUGCAUUACAACAAGAAUCUUGCUCCACCCGGGGCAAAAAUCAACUUCAAAAUAUCAUCAAAGCGCAUCAAAGCGAAAGACGUCGAGGUGAUUCCUUGGAACAUCGCUGAUUCCAACUAUGUGAAGUCCACUUCGCAAAAGCUUGAUCCGACAAAAACCGUUUUCGUAGGUGCGCUUCACGGACAACUAACGGCCGAAGGGCUGGCACAGAUCAUGAACGAUCUGUUUGACGGAGUUGUGUACGUCGGUAUUGAUACGGAUAAGUACAAGUAUCCACUGGGAUCGGCUAGAGUGACUUUUAACAAUUCACGCUCGUACAUGAAGGCGGUUGUUGCAGCGUUUAUCGAAAUCAAAACGGCCAAAUUCACCAAGAAACUGCAGGUGGAUCCAUAUUUGGAGGACUCGCUGUGUUCGAUGUGUGGAGUGCAACACGGACCAUAUUUCUGUAGGGAGAUUGUUUGCUUCAGAUACUUCUGUCGAUCAUGUUGGCAGUUCCAGCAUAAUCGAGACAGUUCACUGCAGAACCAUAAACCAUUGACCCGCAAUUCGAAAUCAACCACCAUUGUCGGAGUGGGUCCUCAGCAGUCAUCCCCCGCAUCACUGCAACAACAUUCGCAGCACAAUCAGUCGCAGUUUAAUUAUCACCAGCAGCACAACAGUCAUUCACAGCAUCAUCACCACCAUAGCUACCAUGGUUCGCUGCAUGGAUCUCCCAAGUCGCCUUCGCCACCGUGCAACACUAGCAGCAGCAGUAACAGUUCGACGGAUUCGUCGCCAGUUUCAUGUCACGGACCUGCUAAUUUACACCAACAGCUGCAGCAACAGUUUGGCAGUCUGUAAAAAAGCGUGAGUCACAAUCAACUUCUUUUCAGUAGAUUUGCUACCGAAAAGCACUGCUCCUGACUGCUUUUCACCAAAUGUGGCCAAAUCCCAUCAAUUUUGGUGCCCAGAACUAGGCACCAAUCGUUGUUAUCUAUUAGGUAUCAUUGUUGAAUUGUGAAUGUCGCAACAUUUUGUUUGUUACACCAUAUCCUUGUAAUUCCAUACGUUUAACGUAUUUAUCACCGCUCAAUCUACACAUCGAAUGGCACCGUUGAUCCACACGCUUGCGGAAUGUUUAAAUAGUGGCAGGGAUACGAAUGCAUGGCACUCAAAUACAUCCGUUGAAGCAUUCCUUUGAGAUAUUUCCCAGCAUGAAAUUUCCUAGAUACAAAGGAAUUGCAUCGGAAGGAUAUUUAACCAUUUCAACCGCAUCAUUUCGUAGCAUCUUCAUUGCGUUAUUAUUAGACAAUUGCUGAGUUUAGUAGUGCGAACAAGGCACUAUUAUUAAAAUUUCAACAAUUUGGAAAAAAAAUGUCCAAGGAUUGGAAUAGUAUCCCGAACAACAACACGUAAGAAGAUUGCACAAUUGGAUAGCAAUGCUUGAUUGCAAUAAUAUGAUCACUUUUAAAAUUUAGCCAGUACUUGUGGAUUUAAAUGCCAGUUGAGGUGAACGAGCGAUAGAUUUAGAAACCCAAAACACACUUAAAUAGUUUUGAUUACUUUUAAGCAAAAGGCAGUUUUAGGAGACACCGUUUAAUUCGAAAAAAAAUGGAUCCAUUAAUGAGAAUGAAACAUACCAACUAAAGAAGUAAAAGUAAACUGUGAGGAAGAGCUGUUUUUAUAUAACAUUUUAAACAUGGAAUGCCAGUCUUGCGCGCAGAGAAAGAGAGGAAGAAUCGUGUUUUAGUUAGGAGAAAACAAAACUGUUCCGUACCGCCUUGCGCUACAGCAAAUUAAGUGUCACUAGCAGAACAGAAUGCAGCUGUAAAUUUUAAGAUGCAUCGCCUAGAGAAUGUUGUUUUUGAAACAAAAUUUGAAACGGAAAUUGUAAUUUAGAUAUUAGCAUCUGUUAUUUAUAUCGGUUAUUUAAUUAUUUAUUUAUUUUUCUACAUUACUUUAAGCCUUGCUUAACGAUAGGGAAACAGAAAAUCUCUUGAUGAGCUUUUCGUAUUUUUUGUAAAUGAUCGGUAGCAUAUGUACCGGUACAAGGUAUCUAUCGAUUUCGAGUUUGGUUGGUUGCAUUUAGUAGAUAGCCUAAAUGCAUUUAUAUUAACAUCAGAAUGAUUCGCGGAUCGUUGUGAAAUCAGAAUUUGUUUAGUAUGUGUUUGCGUUCUUAUUUAUUGUUCAAGCUUUUUUUGUAAACCGUAUACUUCAGAAUAAAUGUUCUGGCAUAUUAAUUUAUUACGAAAAAAAACUACGUUCAAUGGCA